AUGGACUUCUCGUCGGGUUCGGUGGAAUGCGGAUCGAUGUUUGCGAAUGCGCGCGACUCCCUGGGCUCACUGAAUGCGCGCUUCGUGUCUCCGUCCAAGGCAAGUCCAAUUGCGCGAGUCAUGGGCAAAGCAAAGGGUCUCGUGCGGAUGCUUGCGCUCCGUAAAUCUGACCGCAAGUCUCUGGACUCGUCUGCGAUCCAAUGCCUUGGGAGCGAGACUCCAGCGACUGCUAUUGCCAGCAGCUGGAGAGAGAGCGCAAGGGCUCCCACCCGCCCGUCCAUCUCCAUCCUCAUCACCUCUGCGUCCUCGAACGACAUCAACAGCUUGCGCACGAGCAUCAGUGCACGCAUGACGAGCAACAGCUCGACCACGGGUGUCUACUCGCCCGACUAUCCCAUCAGCCCCAAUCCGUCCUUGGCGUCCCCCGAGGUCGGGCCCUCCCACUCCCUGGCGGACUUCUUCUGCGCAUACCCCUGUGACGAGCAGGACGCCUUGGCGCUCCUCCCCGACGCGUCCUUCGAUGUGCUCCCCCCAGUCAAGGACGGCGAUACCGCCCCACAGGCAUUCUUCCCGACCCUCUUCCGCGUCCUGCUCUUCAUGCCGUGGUGCAUCGCCGUCGGAGCGACGAUCACGCUCUUCCCCGCGCACAUCGAGCGCGUCGUCUUCUCCACCGGCUACAUACCCUCUCCAUCGCCCGAAGGCGCCCGCCGCUUCUCGUUCUUCUCCGAGACCGCGUACGAGUACGCCAUGAUCUUCGCGGUCGCGCUGAUCGGGCUGGCCUUCGCCAGCCCCACCUGGGGCAUCAUCGUCUGGGCGUUCUGCGCGGGCAGGUUCGUGUGGGUGUGGGUGGCGUAUUCGGUGAAGGACAUGUGCUGCUUCCACGAAAGGGUCGGGAAGGACGACAUGGAGACGCUUGCGCUUGUCGUGAGCGGGCGCAACUUGACCAACAUAGUGGCGCAGCAGUGCCCGAAUCACCCCGGAUCCAACAGCCCGCUGAGCAGGAUUGUCACGGUGCAGAGCCCCAUCAUCCCCAUGGAGAACUGA